AUGCCGCUCCCACAGUCUAAAAACCGUGUCGGUUUAGGACACGCCAUUAUCAACCGACGUGCAAAAGAAGCGCGCGACCCAAAAUCGUCCGAAUUUCACACCACCGACACACAUUUCGGUCAGCCGAAAUGGAAACAGCUGCAGUCUGUCACACAUGAAGGUGAUUUGGAAGAGUUCCUAAAUACAGCAGAAAUGGCCGACGCAGACUUCACUGCCGAGCGGCGUGGCGUGAAAGUCAUCGACACGAGCGGAUCGCGCACGCGCCACAACCCGUACUUGUUGACGCCUCAGCAAGAAGCUGAAGUGCUAGAGAACCAGCGCGCCAACAAAGAUCGUUUGCGCGUACCCAGACGUCCACGAUGGAACGAAAGGACGACACCUGCGCAACUUGAGCGCGCAGAAAAGGAUGCGUUUCUUACGUGGCGUCGUGGCCUCGCUGAACUUCAAGAUGGAAUCGGGUUCGUCCUGACACCCUUUGAACGUAACUUGGAAGUUUGGCGUCAGCUAUGGCGUGUGAUUGAGCGUAGCCAGCUGGUUGUUCAAAUUGUCGAUGCGCGCAAUCCUCUCCGAUUCCGCUGUGAAGAUUUAGAACGAUACGUCCACAGCAUGCCGGCAAAUCCCGCUGACAUGUCAGCCAUUCCUCCGGACGACGCAAAGCAUUAUCGCGGUCCUCGCAAUACCCUCCUGCUGAUUAACAAGGCAGAUCUUCUCGACAACGAGCAGCGCCGCCUAUGGGCGAAGCACUUCCAGGACCACGGUGUCAUGUUUGCCUUUUUCAGUGCGAUGGAUGAAACGGCGCGGCAACUCGCAAAGCAGCAGCGUGCCGAGCAGUUUGAGGCUGUGCGUAUCCAAAAAGACAGCGAGAAUGUUGAACAUGAAGAGAAACAAGGGAUCGAGGGCACGGACAACACGAGCGAGGACGAACAAUCGCAGGCUCCCCAUCAUACGGAGAGUGUCAAAGACGCCGACACCGCUAACACUACCCCUGAUGUGAAGCCUUUAGAUGACUCACGCACCCCUGAGGCAACAGCUGAUGCUGUCGAAAGUACCCUGUCUCUCCAAGAUGACCCAGCACGAAUCUUGAGUGUGCUUGAGCUGGAGGACCUGUUCUUGCAUUGUGCGCCAGAUCUGACGCUCUUCCGUCGUCCUGGCACAGACCUGCCGAACGAUGGUGUGCCCGAGAAACUAACGGUUGGGUUUGUAGGCUACCCGAACGUCGGUAAAUCAUCCACUAUCAACGCGCUCCUGGGCGAGAAGAAAGUCUCUGUUAGUGCUACACCCGGCAAGACGAAACAUUUCCAAACGAUUCAUCUCAGUCCCACGACCAUCAUUUGCGACUGUCCAGGACUUGUCUUUCCGCAAUUCUCUACGUCGCCGGCUGAUCUUGUGUGCGAUGGCAUUCUUCCCAUUGAUCAAAUGCGCGAAUACACAGCGCCUGCCGAGCUUGUGGCGCAGCGCAUCCCAAAGGACAUCCUAUGCCGAACGUACAACAUGGAUAUCCCUACUCUCAGUAAAGAGGAAGGUGGUCUCGGCCGCCCAACAGGCAUGGAAAUACUCACAGCGUUUGCCAUUGCGCGUGGACUGGCACGACAAGGCCAGGGCAAUCCGGACGAGUCGCGUGCUGCUCGCUAUGUCCUCAAGGAUUAUGUGAAUGCCCGCCUAUUGUACGCACAUCCCCCCCCAGGUGUCGAUGCCCACACCUUUAAUGCAGGUCGUCAAGAGAAACUGCGACAAGAACUGCCUGAGCGCCGGCCUGCUUCGACGCCGUCGUCGUCAUCGUCGUCGACUACGCCAGUCACUCCACAUAUGCAUGGCGGACGAGCGUCAGUGGCUGACUCGUCGAAGACAGCAUCGAUUGACCAAGCCUUUUUUGGUGACUCUGCCACCUCGAGUAUCAUGACGAAGGCCGAAGACGCAUGCCGCCUGUCGGCCGUCUGA